CAAACAAUAUGGCCGACCAAGUUAGUAAUACGACCACUACUGCUACUAGUAGUGCAACCAAAGAAAUCACACAGUACUUAAAUGUUAACAAUGCUAAACUUGUUGCACUUGCGAUGGUUUUCGCAUUUAUCCUAUACCACAGUACUCUACAUUUUAAAUACGGUAAUGAUUCUUGUAAGUGGCUUAUGAGUGAAGGAAGAUUCCCUGGUAGUGACAGCUGGCAGCCGUAUGGAUGUAUGAUGCAUAAAUACAGUAAAGCAGAUGCUAGGACCUGUAUGCAUUAUGUAUCAUACUGGGGUGGGCAUAAUCACAUAGCUUUCAUAGGAGAUUCAAGAAUACGGCAGCUUUAUCAUGAAAUGGUUGAUCUAAUUAGCGAAGGUGGAGAAGAAAUCACUGACACAAAAGUACAUCAUGAUAUGCAUUACCGGGAUAACAAAAUCAAUAUAAAAAUUGAUUUUUUAUGGCACCCAAUGGUGAAUGCUUCAAUGUAUGAUGUUUAUCACAAGUGGUUGAAAAGUGACCAGCCAGGGGCAAGGCCCAAUGUAGUGAUCACAGGCAGUGCCACUUGGGCCAUAAAGCUAUUCAAUGGAAGCACGUUGGCAUCAAAAAACUUUCAAUCAAACUUGACUAUGAUCAAAGAGAUGUAUAACAAGCUCCAAGACUCCACUAAAGUUGUAUGGAUGCUGCAAGAUCCAGCUGAAGAAGAUAAGUUGUCUGAAAACAGGAAAAUGAUUACAAAUGAACAGAUUGACAAAUAUAAUAAAAUAGCGAUUACAGUGCUACAAGACUCAUCAGCUCACCUAUGGAGCUCAUCUCGCCUGGUAGCCCAAGGGUUAAAAAAGGAAGAGUUUUCUACAGAUGGUCUGCACUUGCGUAAGAAAGCCCUUGAAAUAGACACCCAAAUGCUGAUAAACAUGUACUGCAAUAAUGACAUGAAUCACAAUGACGGCACUUGCUGUAACACACCUGAAAGGGCAACAACCCUGCAGAUAAUCACUGGAGUUGCUUUCAUUGUCUGUAUGUGCAUCAGUGGGGGUCUAAUGCUGUACAGACGCAGAGUACCUAGAAAUGGAAACAAAGCCAGAACUGCUGAAAAUGGUCAACGGAAUGGUACUAAUGGCACACAGAAAGAUUAUAAUGAAACAUUCUGGGAGAUCAUAACGUCCCUGGCUAAAAUGGGGCUGAUCAUGGCAUACUUCUAUCUGUGUGACAGAACCAAUUUUUUCAUGAAGGAAAACAAGUACUACACAACCCUCAACUUUUGUCUCCCCUUUGCCUACAUCAUGAUCCUGGGGUUCUUUUUCACUGAGAACACUGACAAGGUGACUGUGCUACACAGAGACCAGACUGAUGAAUGGAAAGGCUGGAUGCAGCUGGUGAUACUGAUAUACCACUUAACCGGUGCCAGCAAGGUUCUACCUCUGUACAUGCACAUUAGGGUCCUGGUCUCCUCCUACCUGUUCCUCACAGGGUUUGGCCAUUUCUGCUACUACUGGGAUAAGGGAGAGUUUGGCUUCGUCAGGUAUUGUCUGGGCUGGCGUCACUGCCAGGUGGUCUGGCGCUCUCGUAACAGUCAGGUGCGCAGAGUUUGUGAAGUGCUGUUUCGGAUCAACUUUCUGGUUGUGACCCUGUGUUUUGUCAUGAACCGACCCUACCAGUUCUACUAUUUUGUUCCUCUGGUCUCAUUUUGGUUCCUGGUCAUCUACCUGGUCAUGGCCAUACCUCCACAUGUGACCAGUGAAUCAUCAGAAGCUAACCCAAUACAAUACUUGUACAUGAUCUUAAAGUUUGUGGCAUUGAUAGUUGUUAUCUGUCUCUUCUAUCUCUCAGAGGUGUUUUUUGAGAAAGUGUUCCUCACGCGACCAAUCAAAGCUUUAUUCGUCACAUCAGAUGACUCUAUACAUGAGUGGAGAUUUCGUUGGCAGCUUGACCGCUUUAGUCCAGUCUAUGGGAUGUUAUUUGCCUUUGGGUACAAGGUGCUCGUGAGGUACAGGAUAGUUAAAGAUGACAGCCCAAAUAAUUUGUUCUCUAACCCAAUCUCUUGGUCGCUUUGUGGGCUGUCUAUUAUUGGAAUAGCUAGCUAUGCUGUUUUCUCUGUGCUGUGUAGCAGUAAAAUUCAGUGCAAUGAAGUCCAUUCCUACCUGGUCUUCCUACCUAUAAUAUCUUUUAUACUUCUGAGAAAUGUGCUUGGUUGUUUGCGUACCAGAUACAGCUCAUUUUUUGCAUGGUUUGGUAAAAUUUCAUUAGAGUUAUUUAUAUGCCAAUACCACAUAUGGAUGGCUGCGGACACUCACGGCACCCUCGUCCUCAUCCCUAGUUACCCCGUACUCAACGUUGUCAUCACCUCUUUCAUCUUCAUCGUCAUCUCCCACGAGAUCAGCGUCAUCACUCAGUCGUUAUGUACCUACGCUGUACCUCAAGAAUUGAAAGCUUUACUGCGCAACAUCAUAGGCUUUAUUGCUGUCUUGUUACCUUUGUGUUACUUCAACGGGCUGUUGUUGUAGCAGACACUCAAAGUGUGAUAGCAUGUUCUAAUUAUUUAUUUCUCUUUUCAUUUGGUGUGCAUUAUUACAUUUUUUUACGACUUCAGGUACAAAGCUUUUGAAAAUUUGGUAUUUGUAAUUUUUUUUUUAUAAGGUAUUAUUAUAAAUUUUAAUGUGCUUUAAUUAAUUCUAAGCCUGUACUGUAAAUACAUAAGAGAAUAUGGUAAGAAAUAAGAUGGUGUGAUGAAAUGUAAAGUGAAAGUAAAAUUGUUAAAUGUGUUGCUUGAUGAUAGGAAAAUGCAGGUUGUAUGGUUGUUGACAGUUAUGGUUGGCGAAGAUACAUUCUAUUUCAGUGCAUGUUUGUUUAGCUUUGUAGACCAGUUUCCAUCCUGCUUCUCAUCUUGGCUACUGUUUCAUUAUACUGGUAUAAAACCUACUCUUUUUUUAUGUUAUGUUAUGUUGUGUUAUUUUAUUGAAACAGUCAUAAUUACACAGUGAAUGAAGUGUAAUAGUGUAAAGGUGUUUUAAGUUUUAAUUUAAAAAAUCAAUGCAAUAAUAACUUGUUGUAACAAAAAGCACUAAUAAUUUUUUUGUUUAAUUCUUCGAUAAAAAAAAAUGAUUAUCACAUUUGUAAGCGUGUAAUGUUUUCAUCCCUCACAUUGAUGAAGAGAUAAAAAAAUUAUUUACAUUAAAAGUUAAAGGAAAAAACUGGACUUGUGGAUGAAUAGGGUUAUAUAAUAUUUUGUUUAAAGCCAGUCAUGGACUGGUAGGUUUGUUAAUAUUUAUUGACUAUAAAAUAAGAAGGUGAUGAUUUUUUUUCCUGCAUUAUUUAUCCGUGAAUUACAAUGUGAAUUAAUCCUUCAUUGUGUGAAUUUUUAAAAUCUAAUUUUGUAAAACAAAAUGUUCUUGUUUUUAAACCAUGCUUCCAAUUUUUAGAAUUUUCAAAAAAAAAUUAAAUCAUACAUUCUUUUGAAAAUAUAACAGUUUAAUGUUAAAGGUUUGUUAUAGUUUAUCUGUCUCAUGGCAUCUCUAUUGUGACCAGUUUAAUGUUGAACCAUCAUUAAUUUUAAACUGUCAGGUACUCAUUUUAGCUGGGUAUUUUCCAGACAAGGCCAUUAAAAAAAAAAAAAAUUAAACUGCCAGGUACUGAUAACAGCUGUAUGAACUCAAAAUAAAAUCCUGGCAUGCUCAUUUCUAAUGUAUGAGACAGUGAUCGCCCCAUUUGAGUUAUCUUGUGAGUGUUGAUAUGUUGAAAAUGAAGAUUUUCCUCUAAAAAAAUGCUCAUUAUCACUAAUAAUAUUAAAAUACCUUUUCAUUUGUUGGCAUUUCUGUCAUUGAAGUAUUAUUUACUGUGUAAAUAAAUCAAAUCAAAACAUUUUAGAAUUGUGAUUGCAUCAAUUUUACGUGCACUAUUUUGUGUGUAACAUUAGUAAAACCACUAAGCAAAACUAAAUGCCUAAGUUCAUAAGAGAUCUUAAAUUUAAAAAAAAACAACUCUACAAACAUAAUAAUACAGUAUUCUUUGUUCAUUCUGAAGUCCUUAAGAUUGAACUUCAUUUUUUGUGUUUGUUGUGGCUUGUAAAGUUUUUUAUUUUUUAUAAACUUGAUGCUUUCACUUCAAAUAGUUUACAUAAUAAUAAGUUAAGAUUAAUUUUUGUAUCCAAUGAUGAUUGGAUUGUUAAUAUAAUUAAUAACAAGAAUUUAGUUACUCUAUGUAAAUUUAAACAUUAUUUAUGCCAUUGCAAUCAAAAUGUGCAUUCCAACUGUUUGCACAUCAAAACAUUUAGGGGAAAAUAAACAACCUUUGCGUUAACAUUUAACUUAAUGUAAUAGUUGCCCUCAUCUUCUCUAGUUCUGCUCAUAAAAGCCAAAAUAAAAAAAUAAAUUUUUUCGUUAUAAUCUUGUUUUAAUUUAUAAGAUUUUUUAAUAUUUUAAAAUCUACUGACAGUAAGUAGUUUUGAAAUAAUAUUGUGGCUUAAUCCACAAUAAUAACUGAAAUGUGGUCAUUAUUAAAACUUGUGAUUGUUUUAUGUUUAUUAUUCUUCAUAUAUUAUUUAACAUGAUUACACUCAACAUUCAGUAGAUUAACAAAUUUCAUUAAAUUUGUAAAAAAACUAAUUUAAAAAAAAUGUAUAUUAAUCAGAGUUAUAAUCCUAAUUCAACUUAAAAUCUUACUGUGUGUUCAUAUUGUAUUGUAGUAGGCUUAAAUAAAUCUUUUAAGUCAAAUUAUUCUAAAGUCAAAUUGUUUUGUUUUUUCACAUAACUUUUGAACGAGUUAAAAAUAAAAUAAAAGAAUAGCAUUUAGAUAAAAAAAAACAAAAGUUGUUAAGAAAUAUAUCUAGUCAAAUGUACGGACCGGUUUAUAAUGCCAAAAUGAAGAAAAAAUUUGCUGUAGAAACAUUCCAUAAAACAGUAUGAGCAAGCUCAUUCCAUAAUUGUUUUUAUUGUUUACAGACUAGCAUCAAAAUCUUAUCAAAAUCAACUUUUUGUGGAUUAAAAAAAAAAGUGCUAUCAUAACUUGGUUGUGUUAAAUAGUAAAAAUAGAUUGACUGAAAUUAUAUGCAGUAUAUGAAGUAUAUUUUAAAAAAUCAAACUGUUUAUACUUAUACGUUAUAAUUAUAUGUUACAAUUUUUUGGUUUCAUGUUCAGGAUUAUUCCUAUGUAAAAAUAACAUUGUAGUCUACCUGCACCCAUGAGAGGUUAAAAAAAAAUUGUAUGUGUUAAAACAUAUAACAUGGAGUGUGGAGUUAACAUAAAUUUAAUCAACAUUGCACUAUGUCAAUUUUCUUUAAUAUUUUGCACCUAUUUUAAAUACUUUUUUAUUUGAACUCAUUUUAGUUUUGAUAUUAUGUUUACAAAAUAUGUACAAACUUAGGUAUAAUAUUUUAAUUAACUAGAAGUUUCACAGUAUGUACGUGUUUGGACUUGAUAAAAGUAUGUGAAUUUUCUACCCUGAAUCUUCAAUUGGUGAAAUCAGUUUUAAAGUUAGUGUAUAAAUACUAACAUUAAGUGUGAGAAAAGUUAUUAUGUUUUUAGGUGACUUAUUUAUUUUAGAAAUGUUUUUUUGCUAUUUUGUGAAUGCAGUUUAUUGGAAAUAUUUUUUAAAUCAAAAUUAAUAACACUUAGUUCAAAAACAGGUUGUUUUAUUUGUAAAAUAUAUAAAAUAUUAGAUGUGAAAUGGGACAACUACUUGAAAUUGUGCUUGAAUUCUAUAGGCCUAAUUAAUUUAUAAAUUAAUUAUUUAAAUUUUGGAUAACAUGUAAUGGAUAUUAUUUUAUCUGGUACUUGAUUGUAAUUAAAACAGUGAACACGUAAUUUCAUCAUUGAUUUUUAUAAAUUGUAAUAUUUUUCUUGUUCAUGUCAAAAACAAUAAUUACUUUUUUAUAAGUUUUUUUUAAGUUAGAUUUGGGAGAAAUUUUAAAAAAGUAUAAAGAAAAGGUACUUUUCUCAAAACAACAAAAAAGUGCCUUGGAUUUAAGAGGUCACUCGUAAUUGUGUAUUAAAAUAUAGAUCUAUCACGUAAUAAUUGCAUCUGUUUUAAAAAAUGAAGCAGUUUUCAUGAAUUCUCUAACAAUUAUAUAAUCAUCAAUGUAUUAUCAUGUCACUCAUUACUAAUUAUUUAAAAAGAUGACAUUUAGUUUUAUUUUUAUGACAGAGGUUCUUAAACUGUAGGCCUACUGGUCAAAGUUUUCUGUUUAUGUUUGAUGUGAUGAGUUUUCUAGAGUUUCAUGCAUCUUAUGUACAUACUGAUGACAAACAGUCAUUUCCUGGGAUAGACUCUAUACAUUUUUAAUAUAUGUGAAUGAUUCAAUAAAAUGUUUUAUAUGCCAUCAAACCAUUUGUUUUGUA